GCGCGGCUAGGAUCCAAGGCAACGCGCGCACGGUCGCACGCGCACAUAUACCCCGGCCGUCUUCUCUCCCAUGAGAAGCUGCUCCUCCUGGCCAUAGUUCAUCUCCUUCUCCCAUCCCCUGCGCGCGCCUGGCCUGACCCUGCUCCUCAUUUACGCGCGCGGCGCGUGCAUGUACAUGAAUGCAUGACGCGCACGGCCAUGAAGGGGCGGCGGAGGAGGCAUGGCCAGCCCCGUCAUCUAGGUCUUGUAGCGGAUCAGCCGGAGAGCAGGUGCUCCAUGUCGUCCUGCUCUGCUGCCCCUAAGCAGCUGCUCCAUCUUCUUCUUGUCUCCCUCCUCCUCGCAUCCACCUGCGCCGCGGCGUCGUCGUCGGCGACGGCGGAUGCGCAGUACCUGUCGCCGAAGAUGGCGAGGAUCCAGCGCCACCUCGACCGGCUCAACAAACCGGCUCUGCGCACCAUACAGAGCAUGGACGGCGACACCAUCGACUGCGUGCCCCGCCACGAGCAGCACGCGCUGGACCACCCGCUCCUCAGGAACCACAAGAUCCAGCUCGCGCCGCCGCGCAAGCCCGUCUCCACCUCAACCUCCGGUACUGCCAGCGCGUUGUCGUCGUCGUGGAACUCCACCGGCGCUAGGGCCAGGAGGACGGCGUGGCAGACGUGGCACCACGCGGGGCACUGCCCCAGGGGCACGGUGCCGAUGCGGCGGACCACCGCCGCCGACGUGCUCCGCGGCAGGAGGUCGCUCUUCCGCUUCGGCCGCAAGCGCCACCGCCGCGACCGCGCGCCUCGCGCCGCCAACGCGCCCGACGUCGUCACCGGCAACGGCCACGAGCACGCGAUCGCGUACACCGCCGUGGGGCAGCAGGAGGUGUACGGCGCCAAGGCGACCAUCAACGUCUGGGAUCCGGCCAUCCAGGAGUCCAACGGCUUCAGCCUCUCCCAGCUCUGGCUCCUCUCCGGCUCCUUCAACGGCUCCGACCUCAACAGCAUCGAGGCAGGAUGGCAGGUCAGCCCUGAGCUGUACGGGGACAGCAGGCCGAGGCUCUUCACAUACUGGACUAGCGACGCUUACGAGGCGACCGGCUGCUACAACGCGCUGUGCCCGGGCUUCGUGCAGACGAGCUCCCGGGUGGCCAUCGGCGCCUCCAUCUCCCCGGUCUCCUCCCUCGGCGGCGAGCAGUACGACAUGACGCUCCUCGUCUGGAAGGACCCGAAGCUCGGCAACUGGUGGCUCAGCUACGGCGACGGCGGCGCCUCGCAGCUCGUGGGCUACUGGCCCGCCGAGCUCUUCACGCACCUGUCGGGCCACGCCACCAUGGUGGAGUGGGGCGGCGAGGUAGUUAACACCAGCCCCGGCGGCGCGCACACCGCCACGCAGAUGGGCUCCGGACGGUUCGCGGCGGAAGGGUUCGGGCGUGCCAGCUACUUCCGCGACCUCGAGACGGUGGACGCCGGGAACAGCCUGGCGCCCGUCUCGCUCGACGCCCUGCAGACGCUGGCGGAGGACGGCGGCUGCUACGACAUCAGGAAGGCCUACGACGACCGGGACGGUUGGGGCACGCACUUCUACUACGGAGGACCGGGGCACAACCCGGCAUGCCCCUGAUCCUGUGCUGAUGCUACCAGCCGCUGACGAUCGAUCGACAUGGAUAAUGGCCGGAGGUGUACAUUUUGUGUCUUGUGUUUUGUGGACUCGAUCGAUCGCUCUCAUGCAUGCACCGCCCGAUCAUGAGCAGUACGCAAUCUCUAGGCUAAUGCUAGUGUUAAUUGUACCUGCCUGCACAAUUGCAGACCGAGGCUAAUUUUGGAGGAGCUAGCUAAGCUUAAUCAAUGGAAAAAAGGACGUGUAAUCCGUGGUAAAACUUAUGUGUUACUUACUGCUGAAUGUAGAGUAAUUCUGCAUUUGAUUCCAGUGAAUGGAUGUAAAUGAAAACAGUAUGUGUCCAUUUCCCUG